UCCAGCGCCCAAGGCGCGGGGAGAGGGCGCGGCGGGCGGCGGAACCAUGACAGAAGAUGACCGAGGCGGCGCUGGUGGAGGGCCAGGUCAAGCUGCGGGACGGCAAGAAGUGGAAGAGUAGGUGGCUCGUACUGCGCAAGCCGUCGCCAGUGGCAGAUUGCCUGCUCAUGCUGGCCUACAAGGACAAGUCCGACCGUGCCAAGGGCCUCCGGGAGCGCAGCAGCCUGACCCUGGAGGACAUCUGUGGCCUGGAGCCUGGCCUGCCCUAUGAGGGUCUAGUCCACACGCUGGCCAUCGUCUGCCUGUCCCAGGCUGUCAUGCUGGGCUUUGACAGCCGCCAGGCCAUGUGUGCCUGGGAUGCCCGCAUCCGCUAUGCGCUUGGUGAGGUGCACAGGUUCCAUGUGACAGUGGCUCCCGGCACCAAGCUGGAGAGCGGCCCGGCCACCCUCCACCUCUGCAAUGACGUCCUGGUCCUGGCCAGGGACAUCCCUCCGGCCGUUGUGGGGCAGUGGAAGCUGCCUGACCUCCGGCGCUACGGGGCUGUGCCGAGUGGAUUCAUCUUCGAAGGCGGGACCAGGUGUGGCUACUGGGCAGGGGUCUUCUUCCUGUCCUCCGCCGAGGGAGAGCAGAUCAGCUUCCUGUUCGACUGCAUCGUCAGAGGCAUCUCCCCCACCAAGGGCCCCUUCGGGCUGCGGCCAGCCCUCCCAGGUGUGUGCRGGAGUGUGGCCUGGUGGAGACUUCUGGUCCAGCAGGGGCAGGCAGAGGCAUGGGCUCUAGGGAAGGGGUGGGGAGGGAGGCUGGGAGCUGCUUUCUACUAUCCAGUGCCCUUCAGCACCUCAGAGCCCUGCUCUGUCUUAGGGGACGACCGCAGCCUGUCCAGCUCCUCCUCCGAGGCCAGCCACUCAGACACCAGCGCCAGCAGCAGGCUCACCCCGUGGCCGGAGCAGUCCUCGUCCUUGGCAGGCUCGUCACAGGAGGGGCCGGGGCUGGCGGCUGCCCAGGCCCCCGGGGAGGCCACGCUGGGUGCCUCAAGGCUGCCCCCGAAACCGUUGCGGCCGCGGCAGCUGCAGGAGGUCGGCCGCCAGAGCUCCUCGGACAGCGGCAUCGCCACGGGCAGCCACUCCUCCUACUCAGGCAGCUUCUCGUCCUACGCCGACAGCAGCCUGGACGUGUGGCGGGCGGGCGGCGAGGAGUGCGGCUCGCUGCUCAGCCUGCCGCCGGCCGCAGGGGCUCCUGAGCCCAGCCUGUGUGCCUGCCCGCCCGGGGUGGCGGAGUACCAGGUGCCCACCUCUCUGCGGCACCACUACGACACGCCCCGCAGCCUGCGCCAGGCCCCCCGGGACCCGGGCGCAGCCUCCCAGGGUGGCCCCGACCACGGCGCGACCACGGACUCGGGCAGUCAGGCGUCGGCCGGGUGUCCUUCCGGCUGGCUGGUCACAAGACGGCGGGGACAGGCGACAGAGGCCCCAGGCAGUGAGGCCACACUGCCCAGCCCAGCCCCCGGCGAGCCCUGGGAAGCAGGCGGGCCCCACCCCGGGCCACCUCCAGCUUUCUUUUCGGCAUGUCCAGUCUGUGGAGGACUCAAGGGAGCGGCUGCCUCACCCCCUGGACCCACGAUGACCCAUCCAGGACCCCCAGGGCCUGUGGCUGCCGAGAGCCCAGGGCUGGAGAGGCGGCGCAGCAGCACACCCACCUACGUGAACCUCCCCGUCAGCCCCUCCUCCAGACAGCGGCUGCACUACCUGGGCCUGGAGCUGCAGGAGGCCGGCCUGGGCGUCCGAGGGGCCGGCCCCGCCCACUACGCCCAGAUCGACAUUGCGGCCACAGAGACGGCGCACCGGGUGGGGGCCCAGCACGCGCAGGCCCGGGAGGAACGGCUGUCUGAGCUGGAGCAGCGGAGGAAGGGGGCCCAGCAGUGAUGCCCAGACCUGGACAGCUGGACGUCUGGCCCCGCCAGAGACAGGGUCUCUCUCGAUCCUCCUGCCUCAGCCUCCCGAGCUGCUGGGAUUAAGUGCGCCCUACGCCGGGUCCUGUUCUAUUUUUAACAUGUGUAAUUCCCUGAAGGUGGGUUCAUGUGUGCCUUCUGCCUUUGGGCUGGGGGUUCUGGGGUAGGGGUGGAGGGAACUGUCUCCCCUUAGUGGAGCUGAGUUGGGGUCUCCUCGUGGGAACUUCUUCCAGAUGCGCCCAUGGCCUUGGGGGAGUCUGGCAAUUCUGUGAUUCAGACACUGGCAGCAAGUUUCCAGGUGUGGACUUGUGUGAGCCCCCAGCCCCCAGUGCUGGUGCUGUGGGUGAGGGGCUCCCCUAGGACAGCCACAGCCAGUCUUGGUCCUAUUUCUUCUUCUGACCCUCCCUUCCCCACCCAGGAGGCCCCAGUGGUCCUGUGGGAUCAAAGGCAGCUGGUGCUCCUCCUCUCCUCCCUCCCUGCUCUGUCAGCCCCACUCGUCCCCUGAGCAGACAAGGGCUGAGCAGGUGGGGCUGUGGAAGCCAAGGUCGGGGAAGCAGCUCAACUGUGGUCAGCUGGAGGGGGGCCCUGGAGGCUGCCCCACCAGAACAUGGUGGGGACAGGCGCCYGGCCUAGAAGAUCCCCUUUGCCCCUGCCCAGAUCUUCUUACAAGAUGAGCGUGGCCAUCUUGUCCACUGGGGGCCCAGUGCAGACCCUCCACCUGUCUGGGGCCUCCCACUACCGUGUGCAGGGCCGCCUUCUGGUCUACAGCACCGUCACCUCCAUCCACGGCCACGCUGGCUUGGUGGGUCACUGGUUGUUGGGCACUUAAGUUGACUUGAGUUGCCCUUUCGCCUUUUAGACAAGGCACCUGCCCUGAUAUUCCUGGAGUUGCUGCUGGGAAUCCCAAGCCAGCAUGGAGGGCAGGCACGGGGACAGGCAAACACAGGGACACGCAGGGUGCCCCUGCAAACUCUGAGCUGAGCUGGGGUCUGCACCAUGGGAACUGUGUGUGCCUGGCCCCAGUCUCCAGUCCUCCCAUGGAGCAGCUCAAAGGGACCAGGCCUGGGUCUGCAGCCUGCAAGGACCCAGGGCAGGAAGACCAGGAUGAGGUGACAUCGAGGGACACAGCACAGGGGGAAUGUGAAGGCCAGCUGAGUGUGUGUCACUGCCAGAUAGGCAUCCAAUAGAGCCCAGGGACCAGAAGCCCAUCAAGGACCCCUUCCCAGGCUCAAGACAAAGGCCAGGGUCCUAGGAUCUCCAUGGUCACCUGAGAGCCCUGGCGCCACCUCCUGGCUGCAAGAGCUCUGCAGAGAGGACCCUGAGGUCAGGCUCCAGACYCCACCCAGCUCUAGAGGAAGGUCAGGCAUUUGGCCAUGUGGCUCUGGCCGCCAAUGGUCAUCCUGGCUGGCAGGGUCCCCAGCACUCCCUAAGGCUGCCUGAGCUAGAGGUCACCCUCCCUCACAGAGCUCGGCUCACAGAAGCCCUCCUGCAGACCCACGUGUGCCUAGCCCCUCCCCGUGGCACCUUGGCCAGGCCAGGCCUAGCUGAACCUGCCCUCUGGCCCCCUGCUGGCCGCCCAGCUGCACAUCACACUCCCAGGCAGAGGGGAGACAGCCACAUCACAGACACCCAGGCCUGGGUAGAGCCACUCAUACCCAUGACCCCUUGGGCAGCACAGAAAUUGGCAUCCUGCCACUUUAUAAGGAGGCAUCUGAGGCWCUGGCCAGCCAAGGCCAUAGGGCUGUGGACCCGGGUGGGCCUGAGCUGGCACGUGUUGCCUACAGGAGAGGCCAGGAGGGCCUGCCGGAGCAGGGAUGGAGGACCCUGGCAGGGGACAGGGCCACAGC